AUGUCCAAGAUGUCUCUUGUUCGCCGACUUAAUUCAAGCUAUCCUGGAGGUCUGGUAUCUUACAUCCAGAAUGCCAAAAAACUUCUUGCGGAUUCAAAGGAAGGCAAAAACCCAUAUGAUGGUUUCACCCCUUCUGUGCCUUCAGGGGAGGUUUUGACUUUUGGCAAUGACAAUUUUGUUUCACUGGAAACAGCUGGGAUAAAAGAAGCCUGCAAUGCUGCAUUUGUUCUUGUAGCCGGAGGGCUUGGCGAAAGGCUUGGCUACAAAGGAAUUAAGGUAGCACUUCCCCGGGAAACAACUACUGGAAAAUGUUUCCUUCAACACUAUAUAGAGUCUAUCCUGGCUUUUCAAGAGGCCAGCUGCAAAAUGGUUGAUGAGGGGUGCCAAACAAAGAUUCCAUUUGUUAUUAUGACUUCUGAUGAUACAAAUGCGCUAACUAUCAAGCUUUUAGAGUCAAACUCCUACUUUGGAAUGGAACCAUCUCAAGUGAAAAUACUAAAGCAGGAAAAAGUAGCAUGUCUAGCUGACAAUGAUGCAAGGCUUGCAUUAAACCCAAGCGACAAGUACAAAAUUCAUUCAAAGCCACAUGGGCAUGGAGAUGUUCAUUCUCUUCUUUAUUCAAGUGGCUUGCUUGAACAAUGGAAGACUGAAGGACGGAAGUGGGUUCUCUUUUUCCAGGAUACAAAUGGAUUGCUUUUCAAUGCAAUACCAUCAGCAUUAGGUGUCAGUGCCACCAAGGGUUACAAUGUAAAUUCUCUCGCUGUUCCUAGGAAAGCCAAGGAAGCAAUUGGAGGAAUUACCAAACUUACUCAUGUCGAUGGUAGAACAAUGGUCAUCAACGUAGAGUACAAUCAGCUUGAUCCACUCCUUCGUGCAACUGGACAUCCUGAUGGAGAUUCAAAUUGCGAGACAGGCUAUUCUCCAUAUCCUAGAAAUAUAAACCAGUUGAUACUGGAGCUUGGACCAUAUAUUGAGGAGCUCAAGAAAACACAUGGCGCCAUUUCUGAAUUUGUAAAUCCCAAAUAUUUGGAAGGCGCAUGCUGGUUCAUCACAGUCAGAGGGUUCGGGUCUGGAUAUGGAGAGGAACGGAUGCAAUCAUAUUUAUUGUCCAUAUCCUCUCCAACCAAUUGCCUCAGCUGGUCAGCACUCUGAAAGCAGCACUGCAUACUUUUCUUGGCCUACAUCUACUCUAAUGCACGGGUCAGCUGAAGGCCGUGCUAAUUACUUUGGGAACCUACAGAAGGGUGUACUACCAGGACAUCUUGGUCGCUUGCCAAAGGGCCAACAAGCUACCACCUUACUUGAUUUAAUGAUUAUAAAUAUAUUGCUGACAAAAGAGUAUUUCCAUCACUUGCCAUUCCUCAAAUAUAAAUAUAUUGCAUCUAUUAUAUGGCUCUUCUGACAAAAGAAGUUUGAAAACAGAGAGGAAGGAUAAGGACGCAAAGAAAAGAAGUAAAAAGAGGAGAAGGCACAAAAGUUCAUCAGAGUCAAGUUCCAGCUCAUCUUCAGAAUCUUCAAGCAGCGACGAUGAGAGUUCAAGGAAGUCCAGAUCACGGUCGAGAUCAAAGAGAACAAGGAAGGAAAAGAAGAGCCGGUCAAAGUCCAAGCGCAGAGGCAGUGAAAGCGAGGAGGAAGGCCCGGUACGCCUCUCUAAAUUCUUCGGGAUGUAAGGAGUAGACGCUACUGUAGUUGGAAAUCGCUUGAUUAGCAGCCUCGUUACCGCAUAGAGCACCCAUUGAUCUCUUUGGUCUUGUUAAAGUUAAGUGAUAGUUUGUUUUUUAUUACUCUUGGUGAUCGACAUCAUCUAGAUGGAUCGAUUGUGAUCAAAAGUGUAGUAAUCACCAAGAGAGCUUGUGAGUGAUCUAACUCAGAAUUGUACACGGUUGUGAAUGAUUCACCAUACCGGAGUGGUAAAGAACCAACUUAUAGAGUGCACUUGGCCCUUGCGUGAACCAAGCUUAUGUAUUUGGACUUAUGUGAA